AUGCGCACAUCGUCUGCAGCUCUCGCUGCAUUCCUCUGGAGCAGCUCGAUUCUUGCACGCCCACAGAUCCCGGGUCAGACGUUGACGGGCACAGCGGGCAACACCACAAUUGCUGGAUCUAGCGCGGGCCCAGACAGCAAUGGCAAAUAUGUCAUUGAGGGGGUAGGCAUCCGCGCCACUUUCAUCCCGUAUGGAGCGAGUAUCUCGAAUCUGUUUAUUAAUGAUACGAACGGUGUCGAGAGGGAUAUCGUUACAGGCUUUGAUAACGCUAGUUAUUAUGGGAUUGACCGUCAACAUCCUCAUUUCGGCGGCGUUCCAGGCCGCUACGCGAACCGCAUCAAGAAUAGCAGUUUCGUGAUCGAUGGAAAGACCUACCAUGUUCUUCCCAAUGAGAACCCGACCAAGGACGCCCCUGCUGGCGCGGAUACGCUGCAUGGGGGCCCAGAUGGCUGGGAUUGGAGAAACUGGACUGUCGUCGCGCAUACGAGUGAUAGUAUUACUUUCUCACUGACAGAUCCGGAUGGCGAUCAAGGCUUCCCUGGAGAAGUGGUUAGUUACGUUACGUAUAGUUUGGGCCAUAUGACGUGGGAUUUUCAGAUGGUUGCGUUGGCGACGACGAAGAAGACGCCGAUUAUGUUGAGUUCACAUACCUACUGGAACCUCGACGGCUUCGCCAACACGGAGACCGCCACCGCCCUCAACCAUUCCCUCUGGAUGCCUUAUGCCGGGCAACGCGUCGGCACAGACAACAUCCUCAUCCCCACCGGCGAUAUCCUCUCCAACCAGCAAUACUCACUCAACGAUUUCUGGUCUUCUCCAAAGCAAAUCGGUGCGAAUUUCUCGAAUCCAGACCUCCUUGGGAAUUGCGGCUUCAACUGCACGGGCUACGAUACCUGCUACCUCACCGACCGCGCCGCGGACGGACCUUACGAUUGGCGCGAAAAGGGGCCGGUUGCGAGGUUAAGGAGUGCGUGGAGUGGAAUCCAAGUCGAUGUCUUCACAGACCAGGACGCAUUCCAGGUUUAUAGCUGUGGCGGGCAGAACGGCUCCAUGGCGCUGAAGUCCACACAAGGAUUGCAUGGGGUAGAGGGAAGAGAGAGGACGAUCCAGCAGUAUGGAUGUGUGGUGAUGGAGGUCGAGGAUUGGAUUGAUGGCAUCAAUCAGCCGGAGUGGGGGAGGGGCAAGAAGCAGAUUUUUGGGCCGGGCGAUGAGCCGUAUGUCUUGCAGGCUAGUUAUCGGUUUAGUUUGAAUGGGACAGCGGUCGGGUUGAAUGGGCCGGGCAGUGGGUAG